CUUUGAAAUCGCUUUAAAAUACCUUUACCACGAUGAUUAACCAUCGUAAUUCUCAGCAGAGUUACCAUCGAAUCGGAGCAGGGUUCUGUGGUACUGUUUGGGCUAGAAGCCUCGACGGGCCUGCAAUCAAGCGAGAAGAUGGAGGGCCAUCACGAUCUCUUGCAAACGACUAUUUGAUGCAUAAGAGAGCAUUUGACGCCUUCCUAAGCCUAUCGAACAUCAAGCGCGACCAUGAGAACCGAUGUCUACAGCCUCAAGUUCGUAUUCCUCAAUGCCACGCUUUCAUCACCCCGAAAGAUAUGGCCUGGUGGGCAGACAAUCUCCAACUGUUUCCACCUGGAUACUCGGCCUGCAAUGCUACAAUCGCGGAACGAAUUCCACCGUUCCCCAAGGCGACGAGAGCUUUGCUUGUGGGAAAAUACUGCCCUCCUGAAACCGGCCAGCAGAUCCUGUCCAGUCCGAGUAAUGAGGCCUGCCUCAUUAGACCUUACGUCGGCCGCAAACGCACCUUCGGAACAGCGCUGAAUGUGCGAUCCCGAUUUCGAGGAUUUUCGCUAAGGAACUUUCCUCUCCACGUUGACCAAAUGAUCGAGUUGGGCAUUUCAUCGGCCCACAUUGAUUACUAUGCCGCCAUGAUGGGCGAGGCGCUGGCCACGUUGCACUGGCUUGGGCAAGUGGAUGGCAAUGAUAUCGAAUUCGUGCUGGCCCCACCACCAACUGGAAGUGAUGAGGCCAACAAUGUAACGAAUGUACUGGGACUACACACCAUGUGGGUGCUGGACUUUGACCUUUGCCGCCCGAUCACUGCCGAUUUAGAGGGUGUUAUACAAGCAGUCGAUGCAUUUUUCAAAAAUGAUCCCUUCUUUCCACGACCGAACACGCCGCAUUGGAUGGCUUUCCAACGCCGCUAUCUACAAACCGCCGCACUUAUCUCGAGUUCUUUUGUAAAGUCCGAGAAACAAGACGGACUCUAUCUGGGCAAGCAAUUUAUUGAGCUUGUCGAGGCAAGACAAUAA